AUGGGGCAGCGCAGGAUCAGGUUGCACGACGAAGAGGAACAUGACGGUGGACGGCAUAUCAACGACAAACUUCAAUACGCUAUGAACGAUGAUACGCUCAUGAGAUGGUAUUGCAAAUGCCACGGCCUAAAGCGGUUUUCACUCCGUUCUUGCUGGCGAGGCGGAUUUCUCUUCCUGACUUACCGUCGUGCCCAUCCAUCACAAGCCCGAUCCAGAGGCGAAGAGCCAGCCAGUUGGCAAUUGCUAGGCACUUACCAAACCCGAAAGUCACUUCUUGAAGAUAUGGGCAAAUCCAACUAUACUCCCGAUGUUAUUCAAUUAUACCUCCCUGGUGGAUCUAAGAGACGGGAAUUCGACCCCUGGAUGGGGCCUUUUGAGGAUUGCGGCCGUCCACUUGAUACAGUGGUCCUCGAAGAUACCCUAAAAGAAUCUAUCAUAAGAAAAGUCGAGGCUUUUAUCGAUGAUAAGGAAGCGCUUUUAGCUAGUGGUCAUCGCCAUCAGUAUGGGAUGCUUUGGGUUGGCCCACCAGGAUGUGGGAAGACUAGUUUCGUUGAGGCUAUCGCGCACGAAUUCGGCUUCGCUAUUUAUAUCUUUGCCCUUGGAGAUUCCACUCUCACCGAUUCAGACAUGAUGAUUAUGUAUCUCAGAAUGGGACCAAAGGCAAUUGCUGUUUUCGACGACAUAGACAGGGUCAAGAUAGGCGAAAAGGGGAUCACCGUAAAUGGUCUUUUGAAGCUGCUCGACGGGGUUGCAAGACAGGGCCAAACCCUCUUGAAGAUACUGAUCUGCAAUGACCAGACAAAAGUUCCCCCAGCUGUGCAAAGGAAAGGUCGCGUAGACAAGGAAUACAUAUUUUCGUUGGCGUCGAAGGACCAAGGGAAAAACAUAUUUCUACACUGUAAUGUUUGGAAGGCAGAAGCGACCGAGGGCUUAGAUCUUGACGCUAUGGCGGAAGAAUUUGCUCAGGGACUACCGGAAAAUAUGAUUCCCCCCGCAAAUAUUGCCGUUUAUAUCAAGGACGCUACAACUCCCAAGGAAGCUGUUGAGCACGUUCACGAGCUUACUACGGAGAUUCAACAGAGGGGCGACUACUUGGACGAAAUGUCUUAA